CGGACAUUGCAGGCGUUUUUCGGGCAACAACCACCAUUCUGGCUUGACUUUCAAAAAGAUUCAGCCCCCCAAAAACGUGCAUGUCUUUCCUCAAGCCAAUGGCAGCUGGCAGCCAUGCUGUAAUUCCACAUUGAACGACAUCUGUGCACCCCUCGACUUCUGUGCACCUUGCUCGCCGCAACCGUUUGAGGGACCGGCUGUCGGACGCACGGUAGCACUGCUGGAAGCGCGGACCAUGGGUAAGUUUCUGAAAGCUGGGCGCGUGGUGGUCAUGCUGCAGGGCCGCUACGCUGGGAAGAAGGCGAUUGUGGUGAAGGCCUUUGAUGACGGCUCCAAGCAGCGUCCCUUCGGCCACUGCAUGGUGGCGGGCAUCGACCGAGCGCCGCUCAAGGUGACGAGGCAAAUGUCCAAGAAGAAGAUCACCAAGCGCACCAAGGUGAAGCCUUUCGUGAAGUAUGUGAACUACAACCACAUCAUGCCCACCAGAUACCAGGUGCCUGCAGAGAUGUCCCCCGCCACCAUUUGCACCGACCAGCAGAUGGACUCUCUGGAUGGUCGCAAGGAAGCCAGAAAGAUGGCCAAGAGUCUCUUCCAGGAGAAGUUCCAGGCACCACCAGCAGACAAGUCCGGUCGCCCUUCCAAGGAUGUCCUCUACCUGCGCAAGAAGCUGCGCUUCUAAGACAUUGUGCUUCCAUAUUGCAGCUGUGCAGCCAAAAGGAGCUUUUGGCAUAUGUCCAACAGUGGACCCACAUUCUAGAAUUCAGCAGUCGCUUUGCGCCAAUUCUGCAGGGCCAACACUUCUCUUGGCUCACCGGCCGGCAGCAAUGGGGACAUUUGUA